CUCUAGGUCUUACUCGCUAAAUGCACGUUGAUGAUUGAUCAUCAACAUACUUUCUUCUCGCGCUGUACCGAGUUAUUGGCCGUUGUGAAUCAUGCACGUGAAUUUCUGAUGUUGUACAACAUUACGUAUUAGCUCAAAUGUUGCGGGUUAACAUGAAUCACACGUCCAUCAUGCUGUUACGCACAAAGUCGACUUCAAUAAAUGGCCCAACUACGUGAUUCAACGGAUUUCAUAUUGCUACGACCGUCGGACAAUCUGGUCCUACUUCACCUCAUCUCUUCUAAAUUGUUAAUGUCAUCAUACAGACCUUUGCAAUCUCGGUGGAAAUGGAUUACGCAGCCGCAGAUGCAUCAGCAAAAUAAUGUAUUUAUCCAAGUGUUUCCAGUGGCGAGACUCAGGAGUAACACUCUCUUCAGCCUUUUUGAUCUCCACUUCGAUAACAAUGAACAAAUUCUUGACAACUCACCUCCUUCUCUAACUAUAGUUUACAAUACAGAGUUCAUCGUUAACUGGGGAAACGACGACAGCUUCAAAAGGUGUGAGAGUUACAAUCGUCGCGUUGACUACUCAAAUCGAUCUCGGUAGCUGCUACAGUCAUUAGCUCAAAGCUUGACAGAAAAGAUCAAGGGUGAUGAAAUCUGGUUCAACUUUGGUACGGCAUUUGUGGC